CCCGGCCUCUCCGUCACCGGACGCCGACGGCGGUUCCGUGUCCAUCGAGAAGCUCCGCGCCAUCGCGGACGCGGCGGCGGACCGGGCCGAGAUGCACGACAUCAUCGGCAGGCAGCGUGACAACUGGAACCACCUGCUGCUCCACUCCACCAACUCCCUCACGCUCGCCGCCUCCGUCAUGGCCGCGCUCGCGCCCGCCGCGCCCGGCGUGGUCGCGCUCAAGGCCUCCGCGGGGGUCCUCCUGGCCUCCGCGGCGGUCACCAUGGCGGCCGUCAACAAGAUCCAGCCCUCGCAGCUCGCCGAGGAGCAGCGCAACGCCACGCGGCUGUGGAGGGAGCUGGAGCGCGACCUCCGCGCCGCGCUCGCGCUCGGCGCGCCCGCGACCACGACCAAGGACGACGUGCAGGAGGCCAUGGACCGGGUGCUCGCGCUCGACGCCGCCUACCCGCUGCCGCUGCUCCCCGGCAUGCUCGAGAAGUUCCCCAAGGCCGUCGAGCCCGCGCGCUGGUGGCCGCGCCGCCGCGCCGCGCAGCCCAAGAGGUCAAGGAGCCUCGGCCGUCGUGGCUCCGCUUCCGGCAACAACGGUUGGACCCAAGAUCUCGAGGAAGAGAUGCGGGGCAUCCUCAGGGUCAUCAAGGCCAAGGACGAGCAGGAGUUCCUGAGAGUGGGCAAGCUGGUGCUGAACCUAAACAGGGGCCUCGCCGUGGCCGGCCCGGCGCUGGCCGGCACGGCGGCGCUCGCGUCGGUGUUCAUCGGGUCCGGCGAGGCUGGAGCGUGGGCGUCCGGCGCGGCCGUCCUUGGCGGGGCGUUGGCAGCGGCGGUGAACACGAUGGAGCACGGUGGGCAGAUGGGCAUGCUCUUCGAGCUGCUCCGCAACUGUGCCGGGUUCUACCGCAAGAUCCAGGAGGACAUCGAGGCCAACCUCGGCGAGCCCAACCUCGAGCGGAGGGAGGGCGGCGAGGUGUUCGCGACCAAGGUGGCCCUGAAGCUCGGCCGGAGCCUGUCGGACCUCAAGCAGUUCAGGAAGAUGGCGUCGCCGUCCAUCAGAGAUGAGGACAUCGAGGAGUUUGCCGGCAAACUCUUCUAGUCAACCCACUCAAUCACUCACUCACUCACACUAGCAUAGCUGACAGAUGAACUCGUCAAAUCUGCAUAGCGAUCCAUGAAUUAUUUUGUAAAGGUAGAAACUGAAAUGACAAUUUUUCGAUUCAUUCUUUCA